AUGAUGCUUCGUAACAUUAGAGUGACUUCGGGUCAUUUACAAAGACAGUUGCGUACUAGUCUAAACAAAAGCUAUCCGGUUGUUCGUUCAUUGGCAACUAGUGCUGAUCCAGCUGCUAAUCCAAAUAGAGUUCAUGGUGGAUUGAAAGAUCAAGAUCGUAUAUUUCAAAACGUUUACGGACAUUAUGGACAUGAUUUAAAGUCAUCCAUGAAGAUGGGAGAUUGGUAUAAAACCAAAGAAAUCAUUUUGAAAGGCGAUAAAUGGAUUAUUGAUGAAAUGAAAAAAUCCGGUUUAAGAGGUAGAGGUGGGGCUGGUUUCCCUUCAGGUCUCAAAUGGUCUUUUAUGAAUCCUCCUGGAUGGGAAAAGAACGUUGGUCCAAGAUAUUUGGUUGUUAAUGCUGAUGAAGGUGAACCCGGUACUUGUAAAGAUCGUGAAAUCAUUAGAAAAGAUCCUCAUAAAUUAGUUGAAGGUUGUUUAUUAGCUGGUCGUGGUAUGAAUGCUAGUGCUGCUUACAUUUAUAUUAGAGGGGAAUUUUAUAAUGAAGCUAAUAUUUUACAAGAAGCUAUUAAUGAAGCUUACGCUGCUGGUUUCUUAGGUAAAGAUGCUUGUGGUUCUGGUUAUCCGUUUGAUGUUUAUCUUCAUCGUGGUAUGGGUGCCUAUAUCUGUGGGGAAGAAACUGCUUUAAUUGAAUCUAUCGAAGGUAAAGCUGGUAAACCAAGAUUGAAGCCUCCUUUCCCUGCUGGUGUUGGUUUAUUCGGUAGACCAACUACCGUUGCCAAUGUUGAAACUGUUUCAGUGGCUCCAACCAUCUUAAGAAGAGGUGGUGAUUGGUUUGCUUCUUUUGGUCGUGAAAGAAAUGCUGGGGUUAAAUUAUUCUGUAUUUCUGGUCAUGUUAACGAACCUUGUACCGUUGAAGAAGAAAUGUCUAUCCCAUUAAAAGAAUUAUUAGAAAAACAUUGUGGUGGUGUUAAAGGUGGCUGGGAUAACUUAUUAGGGGUUAUUCCAGGUGGUUGUUCUGUUCCUGUCAUGCCAAAAGAAGUUUGUGAUAAUGUUUUAAUGGAUUAUGACGCUUUAAGAGAUGAAGGUUCUGGUUUAGGUACCGCUGCUGUUAUUGUCAUGAAUAAACAAACCGAUAUGAUUAGAGCCAUUCAAAGAUUCUCUGCUUUCUAUAAACAUGAAUCCUGUGGUCAAUGUACUCCUUGUCGUGAAGGUACUACCUGGUUACAAAAAAUGAUGGAUAGAUUUGUUAAAGGUCAAGCUUCUGAAAAAGAAAUUGAUAUGAUCUUUGAAUUGACCAAAGAAAUCGAAGGUCAUACCAUUUGUGCCUUGGGUGAUGCUGCCGCUUGGCCAGUUCAAGGUUUAAUCAAAUCUUUCAGACCUUUAAUGGUUGAAAGAAUUAACCAAUAUCAUAAUGAACAUGAACCAGUCCAAUAUGGUGGUUGGGUUAAAGGUGGUAAAGUCAAAGAAGGUAAAGUCAUCGACAAUCCAAUUCCUUCUGCCCAUCAUUAA